GAGGAUAGUCGAUCAGGGAUAUUAUUCCGAGGACCCUACGCACAACGGGGCGUUGCUUUCCUUUGCGUCACAUAGACAUAGCCUCAAACCCUGCGUAUCUGCAGAGUCCACCUGACGACCAAGAGCUCCACCCACGGCCAUGCCGCACCGAGGUCAUGAAACCUGGGGCAUGAUCAAAUGCAGCUGUCCGUCUGAAACCAAAUGAAUAUCUGGCCAGACCAGCUCAAACAUAUCGGACGUCGGACCAGACCGGACGGAGUAAUCUUGGCCCGGACAUGUGUAACCGCGAUGGGAGUCGAAAGUACGUCGAUAUCUUGGAUUGGGAAAUAAGUCGAGAUGAUGUGUUCACCUAAGAGGGCCGUUCUAAGACCAACCUCGACGGGGUGAUUCAUCUGAGACAAUCUCCGUAUUCGACAUCGGGGGUGUCGGAUCGGAUAUUGUUAGACCAUUAUGGCGUUCAGAGGCUUUACCAGCGCUAGCAUGCCACAGCCUGAGACAGAGAGACAGACUGUAGAGAUGAACCACCUUGAGGAUAUGGAGCUCGGAGAGGACAGCAAACAGAGCAAAGAGAUCUCUGACCAUGACAAUUUCAAGCUUUCCGUGGGAGGACAGUUGGUCUUCCUGACGCUGUCGGUGUUAACGUUGAUGGUUGCGCUGGAUGGAACUUCUAUAUCGGUGGCUUUGCCGAAAAUCUCCCUUGAGCUGCAUGGAUUGGCAAUGGAGGCGUUCUGGAGUGGGACCUCGUUCCUGCUAUGCUCCACCGUAUUCCAACCCACUACUGCAACUCUGUCCAAUAUUUUUGGCCGUCGUCCGGUCCUAUUCGUGUCGCUCACAUUCUUCUCCAUCGGUUCUCUUCUCGCCGGCAUUGCCAAGAAUUUCACCGACAUCCUUAUCGGCCGGUGUAUUCAGGGAGUUGGCGGCGGCGGCAUCGCAGUGCUUUCCGAGAUCAUUGUUACGGACCUUGUUCCGCUACGUUUGCGGGGCCGAUACUAUGGCAUCCUCAGUGCCAUGUAUAGUGUGGGCUCCGUGCUGGGCCCCAUCUUGGGCGGUGGGUUCAGCGAAAAGGCCUCCUGGCGCUGGAUCUUCUACAUCAACUUCCCGUUCAUCGGUAUUGGCGGCUUCCUCGUGGUCUUCUUCUUCCGACUUCCGACGCCGAAGGGAUCUCUUCACCAAAAGCUCGCCUGUGUGGACUGGACCGGAGCUGUACUUUUCAUCGGGAGCGUAUCCGCCGUGCUAAUCCCCAUUUCUUGGGGGGGCAUCAUGCACGCCUGGUCGUCAUGGCGCACCGUUGUGCCCUUAUCCGUCGGCGCAGCAGGCCUUGUUGCUUUCUGCAUCUGGGAAGUGCUCCUUGUUUCCACCGAGCCGAUGAUUCCUCCGGACAUCUUCCGCAACCGUAGCGCCACCAUCGCCCUAGCGACCUCCUUCCUCCAGGGUCUGAACCUCUGGUGCGCCCUGUACUACCUCCCCCUUUACUACGAAGCCGUCCGCGGGUUUGGUCCCAUUCUCACCGGAGUCGCCUUGUUCCCCGAGACCUUCACUAUCGCCCCCGCCGCCAUUUUUUGCGGUCUGAUCGUUACCGCCACCGGUCACUACCGCUGGGGCUUAUGGGUCGGAUGGAGCAUCAGCGCCAUGGGGGCGGGUCUUCUCUGUCUGCUAGAGGUGGAUACCCCGACCGUGGCGUGGAUCUUCUUGAACGUGCCCGGGGGUAUAGGCAUCGGGAUUCUGACGGCCGCCUUAGUUUGUGCCGUGCAGGCGUCGGCGACACGCCAUAAUCUCACUGCGUCGGUCGCUAUGGUCGUGUUCUUUCGCUCAUUUGGUCAGGCAGUAGGCAUUGCUGUCGGAGGAGUUGUCUUUCAGAAUCGCAUGCGUCACCAUUUACAGGGGUACGUGGAUUUGGCGCCUCGGGCGGAUGAGCUGGCUCGCGAUGCGGCUGCGUUGGUGACGACAAUGCGCGGAAUGACAGAUGAGAUGGCAAAAGCGCAUUUGAAACAGGCGUAUACAGACAGCCUGCGCGCAAUCUGGGCUGUGUGUUGUGGGAUUUCCGGAGUGGGGCUGGCGCUGAGUGUGUUUGUUAAGAAGUAUGAUUUGAAUCGUGCGUUGAAGUCGGAUAGCGAUGAGGAAGAAAGUGACAAGAAGAAAGAACAGGAGGAGGACGAUCAGGUGACGAU